AUGGCCGACGUCCAGAUCUCGUCGACUUUCACAGAGAACGUCCGCGAGUGGGUGCAGCUGAACGACGUGAAGGCCCAGGCAGCGAAGGACAUCUCGAAGAUGAUCAGACGGAUCAAGGAACUGAAAGAGGGGAUCAUGACCUACAUGAGCGCGCACGAGAUCGGGACGGUCAACAUAAACGGGGAGCGGGUGAAGCUCAUCCACACCAAGUCGAAGAACGCCCUGAGCGAGGAGAUUUUGAACGACCUCAUCGCGAGGUACUUCAAGGAGAAUGGCGACUCCACGUCGGCUUCCAAGGCGGACCAGAUCGCGCACUACAUCAUGGAUAAGAGGGGUGUGACGACGAAGCCAUCGAUCAGGCGUAACAAGGCCAAGGCGGGCAGAGGCGCCGGCGAAGGCAACUCCGCACUCGGAGCAGGCCCCGAAGACGCAGAAGAAGGUGGGGACGAGGAGGACGAGGACGAGGAGGAGGUCUCAUCCACGUUGUCGGUCACCACGGUAUAUUCGAUCGCAUUUUUGAGCAACGUGAAGGAGUACCACUCCAUCGAGAUCUCAGACCAGGUGUAUGACGUGUACGUCAGGCUGAGAGAGCUCGUCACCGCGAAUCACGGCCCGUUUCGGUUGGAGUAUCAACACGUGGAUGCCCUCGUCGGCGGAAUGAUGGACUUCGUACGGGAUCAUGCCAUAUCCAUGAUAAAGCAGGAUGCCGUUAUAUUCUGCGAUGAGGAUGACCCCUUUCGAACGGCCAGGGAGGUGCACUUCCUGUAUGCGUCCGCGGUGGAGAGGGUCAUAUACAGGCAGGUGCUCUCGGCCUGCGUCGGCCCGGACGUGCCGGUCCGCAUGAUCGAUCAUUUUGCGAAUCGGUGCUUCCUGUGGGUCAAGGGGUACCAGAGCCGGUGGAACGGACCGGAGGUCACGGAGAAGGACGUGGAGGCGGCCGUGAGCGCGAGUGCGGCGGAGUUCGGCUUGGGCGACGCGUCCGCGGUGGAGGUUCACUACGAGGCCAGGCGGCUGCCGGCGUACCUGCGCGGCGGGGGUGCGGCGAAGGACUCCGGCACGAAGGCGAAGCGCUUCGACGCGGCGGUGGAGCGCAUCAGGGGGUCGUACGUCCGGUACAUCAACGAGGUCCAGCACGACACGGAGAGCAGGGAGGCGCUCCGGGCCAUCGCGGACGUCGCCGUCUGCGCGCACCUCGCGUACCCGCCGGCCAAGACGCACUUCGUGUUCGAGGACCUGCACCUGGGGGACCUGCGGAGGGACAAGAACCUGGGCCUCUUCGGGUGCACUCGGAAGGUCGCUGCGGCCCUCGUGCGCGAGCACGGCCGAUCCCCGCCGGACGGUGCGGUCCUCCCUCGGGUGUUCACCCCCGAGUCCAUGAUGCGGCUGUUCGGGGUGGGCAUGGACGAGGAACUGUCCACGAGGUCGUUGCGCGGCGUGGCCGACAUCAUCAUGGGGGAUCUGCUCAUCGACGUCAAGACGUCCACGGAGCCGGGCGUCCAGGCGACGUGGGUAAUCCAGCUGCUGUGUUAUGCUGCUCUCGCGAGGCUGAAGGGGAUGGUGGUGAACCACAUAGCGAUCUACAACGCCCUAUCCGGCACCUUCUGGAAGGCUCCGAUCGGAGACUGGCACGCGGACGAGGAGUUGCUCGUCAGGAUCAACAACGAGCUGUCGAAGGGCCGCCCGGAGGUCACGUGA